CUCAUGAAACGGUCAACAUUCAACUCUUUUGCUAUACGUUCAUCCAUCUAGCUAAUGUACAUCUAGCAUUUACUAGCAAGCAUGUAUCUUUCAAGGGUAGCCUCAUGUGAGGUAUUUCCAAUUGCAGCAUCACAGCAAAACCUGCUUGCUGAUCUUGUUUACUUUUCUGGUUCCUCGGUAUAGGAUAUCGGAUAUCGGGAUAAAAGCUCCCAGACAGACAAGCAAACAAAAGCAGCGUUACUAACUUCCCCACAUUCUCCAUCAUUUUCUCCAUACACUCCUUCCCCAUUCAACCAACUAUCACCCGAGAGGCUGCUCGCAUUCGUUCAUUCGUCAGCCUUUACGCUUGCCGCAUCUAUCCGCUUCAUCUGGUGGUUAUUACCACAACUCCCAGAUUCCAACUUCUUCUUUUCCAAUUUUCCUUGCAAAAUCUUGGAUUGAAAAUUGGAUUAUGAAGAUGAGGGUAAAUUUGAGGACAACUGCACCUGCUGUGCGGUCAGUAUUCCGAUCUGUUCAGCAAAGAGGUUUCUCAUCUUCAAUGGGAAGGCAGGCACAAUGGGGAUUUAUUGGUCUUGGUCAAAUGGGUAUGUUUACUUCUAUAUACCAAAAUGAUGAAUCAAUUGCUAACAUCACGUAGGAUACAAUAUGGCGAGAAAUCUCCAAGCAAAAUUACCUUCUGCCGAUACGAUUCGAGUAUAUGAUAUCAAUACUGAUGUAGUGGAGAGAUUCACGAAAGACACAAAAGCUCUUGGAAGUGGUGCUACCGUAGAAGCUGCAACCAAUGUUAGAGAAGCUGCCGAAAAUUCUGUAAGUUAUUCCACUUAUUUUCUUUACGCCUUGAAUUUCUUCCAUAUUUAUGUGAUGAGUUUGUUCCAUGAAUGAUCUAAGUUGGGGUCAACCGUCUUGGUUGAUCUUCUAAUGAUUUUUAUAUUAUACAACAAAGCCAAUCCUCUGAUUUAUUACAAUUAAUUGCCUAUUUUAUCUUGAUAUACAUGUCUUUCAAAUUGCUAAUAGUUAAUGUUUACAGGAAGUUACCAUUACCGUUUUACCUGAACCAUCACAUGUGCAAAGUGUCUUUGGUCAGAUACUUAAGCCUCCACUCUCUACAUCUGUAGUUGCCAAUUCAGACCGUCUCUUCAUUGAUUGUUCUACAAUUGACCCAACGUCUUCCAAAGAAGUUGCUAGGGCAGUUCACACUACGCAACAAGGUCGAUUCGUUGAUGCACCAAUGUCAGGGGGUGUUGUUGGCGCAACCGCGGGAACUUUAACCUUCAUGCUUGGUGCUCCAGAUGAUCUGGUAGAUCGUGUAAGUCCAAUACUCACGAUGAUGGGCAAGAGAGUUUUACAUUGCGGACCCCAAGGAGCAGGUCUUUCUGGAAAGCUCACCAACAAUUACCUUCUGGCUAUCAACAACAUUGCCACAGCUGAAGCAAUGAACCUAGGAAUCACGCUGGGUCUCGAUCCACAAGUUCUAGGUAAUCUGAUCAACAGCAGCACUGGCAAAUGUUGGCCAAGUGAACUCAAUAAUCCAGUUAAAGGUGUAGUAGCUGGCGCACCAGUCGAGAGAGAUUACAGUGGAGGAUUUGGUAUCAGUCUUAUGAGGAAAGAUUUAGGACUUGCAUUGAAAGCAGCAGAAGAAGUUCAGGCCAAACUUGAGCUUGGUAAUAGAGCUCAAGAGGUUUAUGAAACUGUAGAACAACAGGAGAAUUGUAAAGGCAAAGACUUCUCUGUUGUGUAUAAAUAUAUUAGUGGUUCGGCGUAGUCAUGCUACGAUGAGUUCAAUAGACUUUAAUGAGGAUGAAUAAAUAUACACUACCACGAAGAAUUUUUAG